ACUAUGCUUGUCUUCGAGCGCCGGUAGUAAUCAAGCUAUUCGUCGACCGAGGAGCGUAUAUCGAGUCCGUAACCUGAGACGGAUCAUCGCCGCUGAUACUGUCUGCUUACGCGGGCUCGGAGGAGGGUGUCAGAUGCCUCUUGCAAGCUGGUGCAAAUACGGCUGUCGUGGACGACUCACACGCCACUGCAUUACACUAUGCGGCUUCAAUCGGCGUAUGGGAGUGUGUCGAACUGCUGUUACAAGCUGGUGCAGACCCUUUCGUUCAGAAUACCUACGGCGGGACCCCGAUUGCCACGGCUGUUUAUAAAUGCCACAUAGGCCUCGCCCAUACGAUGAUCGACUGGCUCAUGACCCAGAGAAAUGGGUCGAAGUCCUUCAAGCUUGCUGUGAAAAGUGGCUCCCAUAGCCUUGUUAUUUUGUGGCUUGAUCACCGGCCGGGAAACAGCAGCAGCCAGACUCCUUUGCUGUUUCGCCUGGCCGGGGAGUUGGACACUCAGGAGGUUUUCAAAGGAUUUAUGAGUUCCCUGGACGACCAUUCAGAAAUCUAUGGAAUCCGAGAUGCCAAGGGACGAUCCUUACUUGACGUUGCGACUGGGGUUGACAUGAGGAGUCUGCUGGAGCAGCAUCAAGCGACCUCCGACACCAUACAGGCAGAAAUGCCGUCACAGGAAGCGGUAUCGACCGAGGACCCGGAGACGCAAGAAAUAACACAACCUUCGAGGGCACCCCAAGAAGACGCCAGCUCAGUGCCAGCGCCUUGUCGUUGCAAGGAGAUAGACCAAAUCUGCUUCGUCAUCAACAAUCUACACUGCGACAACUGUAGAUCCAAGAUUGACGACGACUUCUACUAUGAUUGCUGUACGACUGCCUGCUAUAGAUACGGAGCAUGGGUGUGUAGAGAAUGUUAUGCCGAAGGACGUCCGCCUGGAUGCCCAAGAACUGGAGAGCAUAAACUGAGAGUUCGUUAUGUGUAUGACAACCUACGUUCAUACGAGGAGUUAUCCCCGUGGGUGGCAAAGAUGGAGUUACCGCUCGUGUCCUAGGUGCCUAGUAGCUGGAUAGGGGCAGUUUUCCUCUUGAUUUUAUGUUCUCAAUUUCUCUUCAUGGCGAUC